CUCAAUUUUGAUUGGACACCAAUGAUAAGCGCCAUUUUGCCGCCAUUGUGAAAAUUUAAACCACAAGCAUCAUGUCAGAUACAGAAAACGACAAAGAAACAAGUGUGGAAAACAUGGAAGAAGAUGAAGAACCUGUUCAAGAUACACCAAAGACAGAGGAGUCAUCUGAGGAAGAAAAAAGUCCAGUGAAAUCAUCUCCGAAAAAGACAAUAAAUGAAAACAAGAAAGAAGAAGAAAGUGAUGAAGAAGAGGAGGAAGAAGAAGAAGAAUUGCAGCCUGGUCUCUUAGAGCGCCCUGUAAUCAUUGAAUCUGGUAAAAGAAGGGAGAAAAAGAAAGUUGAACGUCUGAGUAUGCAAGAACCCGCUCCAAAGGAAACAAAGAAAUUUGAGGUGGGAGAUGGCUCUGGAGAUAAGCUAGGAGAUUGUGCACGAAUUGAGUUUCACAUCUCAAAAGCAAAGGUGGACGAUUUAAAAGCUUUGCACAGGCUUUGUUUCAACAGAACUGGAAAGGCAACUCUUAUUAGGAAGAAUUUACGUCUAUUUAAUGGAUUUGCCUUUAAUAAGAAUGACGAUGAAUACAAGAAGAAAUUAGCAAAUCUUAAAAAACAAACUGUGGCAGUUCUAAAGAAAAUAUGUGAAAUUUUAGACUUGGAAAGGAAAGGAGUGCGUGAUGAAAUAGCUGAAAGAAUAAUAGAUUUCUGUUUGUGUCCAAAAGACUCUGGAAAAGGCAUCCCUGCCUCAAAAAAACGAAAAAGGAAGUCAAAAUCAGGUGGAAAAGCAGAGGGUAAAAAGAAGGCUGUCAAAAAGGAAAAGAAAACUAAAGCUGCAGCCAAAAAGAAGAAAUCCUCCUCAGAUGCUGAGGACUCAGAAAGUGAAGAGGAGUCAGAAAAUGAGAGCAAAGAGGAGUCGGAAUCAUCAUCGUCAGAGGAGGAGGAGGAGGAAGAGACUCCACCUGCCAAGAAAAAAAAGACUGAAACUCCCAAAAAACCAGCUGUCAAGAAGCCUGCACCCAAGAAAGAAGCAAAGAAAGAGAGGAAAGUUUCCCCCAAGAAGGCCGAAUCAUCAGAUGAGGAAAGUGACGAAGAUUCAGAUGAAGAACCACUUGUCAAGAAAAAAGAACCCCAGCCUCCAUCAGACAAAGAAUUGAAGGGAUUGAUUAAAAAGAUUCUGGACAAAGCAAACUUAGAGGAAGUGACCAUGAAGACAGUGGUCAAACAAGUAUAUGCUAGGUACCCUACAUUUGAUUUGUCAGAUCGUAAAGAUUUCAUCAAAGAAACAGUUCGAGAGAUGAUUUCGUGACCGUCUUUCUGAUCUGCAAUUUCAACACAAACAAUGGCAGCAGGAUGCGUGGAGUAUG